UGUAGAUUCGCGCGUUUCUCUACGGCGCAGCGUGAGAACAUUGAAUUCGCGUUUGCAGGCAGGGCGAUCAUUCGCCGUGGCAUAUACCAGAAAAUGGAUCGAGAUCUGGGUCGUAAUUGUGUACAUACGUACAGGUGGAUACCGAGAUCCGGGAAGUAUUCAGAGAUCCGGCCGAAGCUGCGCGCACGGAUGCGGUAGACAGCGCCACCUACUGAAAACAAAAAUGGUGGCGAGCAAUAUGCCCUAUCCCUGCCCCGCUUUAAUGGCACGCCAAAUGUCUGCGUUCUCUAGGCUUCCUUCUAUCAUGUAUUCCCCUUCGACCGAUGUAUCCAAUUUCGCUGUGAACAGAGGAAAUCGCAAUCCAGUAGUAGGCUCUGUUACGCGUGCGAAAUAAGCAGGGCCGCGUAUAACCAAAACAUAAGAUUGUUGAGUUUCUCGUAGACGGGUAAUGUCUGAUAGAGCAAACACAAUGAAGCUGGAAGCCGAAAUGGCUGCGCCUUUGCAUCUGCAGAGACUAGAACGUAGUCUGAAUGUACAGCCUUUCUUAAAGCAAGUCAACGAUCUUUUUCAAGAACAAGCUAGUGAAGAUGACAAGUCUAUCUCAUCGGAAUCUUCUGAUGGUUCAGAUGCUUAUCUUGAUAAUGUACCCACUCGAAAGGAAGAAGCAAGAAUCAAUAAAUUGAGGGUGUAUAAUAUGUCUAGUGUAGGAGAAGAAAGACAUUGGUUACAAGAUAUUCUUUUAAGUGAUUCCUCUGAUAGUUCAGGCUCUGACUCAGAUAGUCAGAUUACAGAAGAAGAUUUUCAAGAAAUGCUAAAGUUCCACAUAUUACGAAAAAAAUUUCAAGGCCGUUUUUAUCAGAAACCAGAGAAUAUACAAUAUCAGUAUUAUAGUGCGGGUUUAUUGUCAAAUUAUGAUAGAUUUCUAGAGCAUCAAAAAUUGAUUGUGGGAAAUAAGAAAAAGAAAGAAAAAAAACCAGAUAAAAAGAUCAUGAAAAUCAAGAAAGAAAAAAAUAAUCGUCACUGUACAUCUGAGGAAUUUCGUAGAGGAGAAUUUCAAGAAGGAGAAUGGGAUAAAUCAAUUCCUAGGGAGGAAGAGUUAGAUGAAUCUGAAUUAGAAGCGAUAAUGCGUCAUCAACCUCGAGGUAGAGGAAGGAAAAAACAUAAUACGAAGAGUGUAGAGGUAAUGACGAUGAGAAGAAGAAAAAUAUGGGUGAUGAUGUCUAAAAAAGAAUUAGGAAAAGUACAAAGGGCCAAAACUAAUAAUCAUAAGGAAAUGCUAAUAAGUUGUAAAAAGGUAGCGCAGCAUUGUAUGAAAUAUUGGAGGCAGAAAGCCAUGCAGUCGCAGAAAAAUAUGAAAGAAACUAUCUGGCGAGCCAAACGAUUGACAAGAGAAAUGCAGUCUUAUUGGAAACGUUAUGAUCGAGUCGAACGAGAAACUAGACGAAGAUUAGAAAAAGAAGCUGAAGAACAGCGUAAAAUGGACGUAGAACUUAUUGAAGCAAAACGUCAACAAAGGAAAUUAAAUUUUCUUAUUACUCAAACAGAAUUAUAUGCUCAUUUUAUGUCGCGAAAAAUAGAUAAAGCAUCGGCAGAGGAGCAGUUGAGAAUCUUAAAUCAGUUGGAUGAAGAAAAGAAUCCCAGACUUAUUGGUAUUGAUGAUUAUGAUAGUGAGAUCAUGAAACAAAAAGCAAAGAAAAAUGCUACUGAAGCAUUUAAUAAUGAAAAAGCUAGGACCAAGCAGUUUGAUACAGCUGCUGCCUCUCAAGAAUUACGUCUUAGUGACACACCUGAAAACUUGGAACAUCCUCAACCUUCGAUUUUUAAAGGAAAUCUAAAAGGUUAUCAGUUGAAAGGAAUGAAUUGGUUGGCAAAUUUGUAUGAUCAGGGUAUUAGUGGAAUACUAGCUGAUGAGAUGGGUCUGGGAAAAACUGUACAAUCUAUAGCGUUUUUAUGUCACGUUGCCGAGAGAUAUUCUGUUUGGGGACCAUUUUUAAUUAUAUCACCAGCUUCAACAUUACAUAACUGGCAACAAGAAAUGGCAAGAUUUGUACCAGUAUUCAAAGUAGUUCCCUACUGGGGUAAUCCUCAAGAACGCAAGAUACUCAGACAAUUUUGGGAUACUAAAGAUUUGCAUACCAAGGAAGCUUCUUUCCAUGUUGUAAUAACAAGUUAUCAAUUAGUAAUUACGGAUUAUAAAUAUUUUAAUAGGAUAAAAUGGCAAUAUAUGAUCUUGGAUGAAGCACAAGCUAUAAAAAGCACAAGCAGCAUGAGAUGGAAAUUGUUAUUGGGAUUUAGUUGUCGUAAUAGAUUAUUACUCAGUGGUACUCCUAUACAAAAUAGUAUGGCAGAAUUAUGGGCGUUAUUACAUUUUAUUAUGCCUACAUUGUUCGAUUCGCAUGAUGAAUUUAACGAAUGGUUUUCCAAAGAUAUCGAAAGUCACGCAGAGAAUAAAACGGGAAUAGAUGAAAAACACUUAUCAAGGCUUCAUAUGAUUUUGAAACCUUUCAUGUUACGAAGAAUAAAAAAAGAUGUGGAAAAUGAAUUAUCCGAUAAGAUUGAGGUGAUGGUAUAUUGUCCACUUACGACUCGUCAAAAGUUGCUUUAUUCAGCAUUGAAGAAAAAAAUUCGGAUAGAAGAUUUGCUGCAUUAUACAGUGGGUGGAGGAGAUACUGCAUCUAAUGAUAAAAACUUUACUUCCAAUCUAAUGAAUCUAGUCAUGCAGUUCCGGAAGGUCUGUAAUCAUCCAGAACUCUUCGAACGUAGGGAUGCUAAAUCGCCAUUUUUUAUGAAUACAGAAUUUUAUAAUAUGCCUGCUUUGUUGUAUAAUGAGGGACUUUUGCAUCUAGCACUACCAUCCAAAGAUCAUCUGUUGUAUAAUAGACUGUUUAUAUUUGCCGCAGAAUACAUUCAUCGUGCUCUUCAUUGCAAUGAUGAUUUGCGCGAAAAUACAUUUUCAUUUAGUAGAUUUAUUAAUCUAUCUCCGAUGGAAAUUAAUAAAACGUUUACUGCUGGUACCUUAUUUAGAUUAUGUCUUAUAACGUUUAUGGAAAGAAGAUUAAGAAUGGUACAAUACUGGGAAAAUUGGUGUAUCGAUAAUAAAUCGAGAACACCUACAAAUCAAAUGUUUCACUUGCCUAGAAAAUUUGACGCUUUGUCGACAACACUACAUGAUAUAUUUUUUACUAAUAAGAUAAUUGAGGGUGAGGCUUUCUACACACAUACCAGUCAUACGAUACAUUCGAUGCCGGAAACUGUCGCUCAUAGAAUACUACGUAGUAGUAAAAAGGCCAAUCAACUAUUAAAAUUACAAAGGAUUCUACCAAGUGGCAAAAUGGAACAAACGGAAGAUUCAAAAUUGGCUUUGCUUCCUGAACAUCCUCAUCAUCCACGGCAGCCUAUAAUGCGAUAUUACCAACAGACAACGAUUCCUGCCUUUGUUUGCGAUAAUAAUCCCAAGGUUCAAGCUAGUCCGCGAAAAUUAUACGUUAGUAAUAGUUCUGCAGCAUGUGCCUGGAAGAGGCACGAGGAGUGUGGUGGUCCGUUUGGUCAAAGAUUACUUUGGCUUGGCUGCGAACGAGCACUAUCUGAAACAAAGUCGGGUAUUCGUGCCGGUCAAACGAUAUCAACGUUUUGCUAUCAACCGCAAGGUGGAUUAUCAGCGUGUGCACCUAUUAAUGGAUGGUCACAUAUCAUUGUACCAGAUAAACAAACAUUGGUGACAGAUGCUGGAAAACUUUCUGUACUAGACAGUCUUUUACGACGUUUGAAAGAACAAGGUCAUAGAGUAUUGAUCUAUUCUCAAAUGACAAAAAUGAUUGACUUACUAGAGGAAUAUAUGUAUCAUAGAAAACACACAUUUAUGAGAUUAGAUGGUUCGUCAAAAAUCUCAGAUCGUCGGGAUAUGGUGGCAGAUUUUCAAAAAAGGGCGGACAUAUUCGUCUUUCUGCUUAGUACUAGAGCUGGUGGCCUGGGAAUCAACCUUACGGCAGCAGAUACGGUGAUAUUUUAUGAUAGUGAUUGGAACCCCACUGUAGACCAACAAGCUAUGGAUCGUGCCCACAGACUGGGACAGACCAAGCAAGUCACGGUCUAUCGAUUAAUAUGUAAAGGAACUAUCGAAGAGCGAAUUUUACAGAGAGCGCGCGAGAAAAGCGAGAUUCAACGUAUGGUCAUAAGCGGUGGAAAUUUCAAACCCGAUACUUUGAAACCUAAAGAGGUCGUGUCACUAUUACUGGACGAUGAGGAAAUCGAGGCGAAAUACAGCCAACGAAGCGAGGAAAGAAAGCAGCAGCGAGCGGAGGAGGCUCGCCUCGAGUUGAACCUACAGCACAAGGAGAGGGACCGGAAGAGGAAGUUAACCGCGCUUCCGGUCAAGAACGAUGCGAAGAAGCCGUGUCAAGCAGAUGCUAAUGGCGACAAAAACAACGAUACCGUUUACAUUAAUCUUAAUGAGCCUAAGCCGGUCGUCAAUCCGAUUCAGUCACAGCACCAGAACAAUCACCAACAGCAACUAGAAAAUAUAGAUAAUUACAGCACACCGACUAGCCCAGCCAAGUCAGAAGAUGAAACGAGCAACGAGGGACUCGUGGUCGAUGUGGAUGGCCCGGUAGCGGUUUCUGGUGGCGACUUUCAUGGACAAUCCCGAAGCAGUCUUCACCAAUUUGGAGAAUCUCCUCCCAAGAUCGCCCGACUUGGACAUCAUUUUGCCUUCGGGGUAGGUGCGAACGCUCGUAUGCGACAAUCGGUACGCGGCGCAAGCAAACGUGGCCGACCGCGAGGUUCUCGUAGAGGUGGACCGAUUGGCGGUAAAGGAAGAGGACUAUUUCUAAUGCAUCCGUCAUCAAAGAGUUCGAAUAUGGUCAAUGAACCGCCAUCGACAACGUCACCGAUCGACGGUAGUGGAUGUUCGAACGAGCAGGUGUUGCGGCACUGGACACCUGCAACUUCUGAUCCCGCGGAUGGUGACGGUCCCAGCACGGUGGGUCCUUUAGGCCCAGUUGGCACUUUAAUACCCUUGUCGGGACGCAGUAAUAUCGCGGGUAUUCGCCGUGGUCCUGGUAGACCAAGAUUACGACCGACCGGACCUGGACAUCAGGGCUAUCGUACCCCGGGUCAUCAUCACGGUAAGAAGAUCCAGCGGCCGCUACCGGUACCUAUUAGAUCUCAUCAGACGAUUGGCGUUGGCCAACAUCAGCAGAAAGUAUCUUCAUCGUCGCAAAAGCGCCCCGGCACGACCAGCACAUUGUCAUCGUCUGUCGCAUCAUCAUCCUCGGUCGCAACCGCGAAUUCGACGUCACUGUUAUCUUCAUCGUCGUCGUCAUCGUCGUCGUCAUUAACGGAAUCGCGACCUUUCGGAUUUUACACUCAGCAACAGCCACGCGCAGGAUCAUCGUAGUUAGUAUGAAGAAAAAGCAACAGCCGGAUUUCGAGCGAGACAACGGUGAGUUCAGCGACGCUAAGGUGAGGCUGUUCUCGAGAUAUAUCUCUGCGUUUUUUCUUACCACCGUCAGGUAUCGAAAUUUGCAGCCAGAUUAUCCGCGAUAAUCGGAUUAAUGGAGCAGUGAAAACACAUUCUUUCCCGUGGCACGUGAUUUGUUUCUCGAAAUAUUUUUCAAACUCGAUUAAGAUAUCACAUAUAUUUAUUGUGUCUCGUGAAAGUUUGUCUCUCGACAGUGAUGUUCUGUGUGUGCGUGACUCGAGCAUGCAAUUCUGAUAAACGUUAAACCCCUCUCGUCCCGCCUCUCCUCUUUCUCAUCUUGAGUUAUGUAUGCGAAAGGAGGCAGAGCGUUGACAAUAUCUAGGCGCAGUUAUAAUUACAAUCACACAUUGCACAGUUAUAUUUAUUUUAAUUAUAACGUAAAAAAUAUGGCAAAACUUGUCGUCAAAUGUUAGAAAAUACAACCGUCGACAUCAACUAGGUACUUAAUUCGAUGCUUGCCUUUGAAUCCUCCUGCCGGAUUCAUUUUCUCAGUUUCACAGCAAUUUGAAUCACGUUUCCCGAUUAUUCGAUUAAAUGUCGCGCGUGUCGACGAAACUCUUGUGGGACAUUUAUCCACCGUAAGAGCGAAAGAGAUCGAAUGUCGUUAUCAAUUAGUUGUUCCGAUUCUACGUACGUGGUACAAGUGUAACUCUCGUUUUUUAAUUCUAAGUGUACAAUUAGGUAAUCGGCGUGUUGUCGCGCGCAUGUCGACGCCGAAUUCUAACGAUGAUCAUCGACAGAUCAGAUCUCCGAUGAGGAAAAGGGAGAUGGCAAGGUGUUUUGAACUCGUCGUCACCAUCCCCUUCAUCAAUCGCUCUCUCGGCGUCUUUGUACAUUGUUCAUUAACGAUAGCAUUAUUCCGUCACUAGACUCGGCUAGCCGAUAUUUUUUAUGCAUGUUACGAAAUGUCGUUAGGCCAAUUCAAUUUGUAAAAGAAUAGUAUUUAUAUUAGCAAUAAACAGACAAAAAUUCCAUCUUCA